AUGCAGGCUAGUCUUGAAGAAAAGCUCAGCCCGGAUCAGGGUUUGGAUUCAGAGGCCAAAAUAAGCCAAGAUUUUAACAAACUGAAACUCGCCGGAGAUUCGGAAGACGGGGAUGUGAAAGUUGAAGAAUAUGAAGCUAUGGAUCAUCACGGUGAUGAUGAGGAGGAGGAGGAAGAAGAAGAAGAGGAUGAGGAUGGGGAAGAAUUUUCCUUUAUGUUUGUGGGAGAAAACACGUUGCAGAUAGCGGCGGAGGAUGCAUUCGUCAACGGUCAGAUCAAGCCUGUUUUCCCGUUGUUCAACCAGAAUCUGCUAUUUUCAGGCGAUGAUUCGAGUUCUUUGCAUGAAAACUUGCCCAUGACACCUCCGGUGAAGAAGGUACUCGUGGAAAUGAAUGAAGAGGAUGUUAAGGUGACGCCAUCCUCGCCGGAAAACGACGGAAUCAUGGGGCCGUACUGCGAGUGGAGGGGCAAAAGGGCGGUGGAGGCGUCGCCUGAAUCCUGCAAGAAGAGCAACUCAACCGGAUUUUCCAAGAUUUGGCGGUUCAAAGAUUUCGUGGGGAGAUGUAAUAGUGAUGGAAGGGACGCUUUUGUUUUCUUAAACAACAAUGGCCAGGCGCCGCAGCCGGCGCCCGAGACAGCGGAGGAGAAGAGUGGGAAGAAAGACGAUUCAACGGUGAAAAUCGUCCGGAAGGUGAAGAAGAGUGCGAAGAGUAAAACGGCAUCCUUGUCGGCUCAUGAGGUUUACUUGAGAAGUAAGGCAAAAGAGGAGGAGCGGCGGCGGGCGUACCUGCCGUACCGGCCGGAGUUGAUGGGCUUUUUCACUAACGUCAACGGUGGAUUAACCAAAAAUGUCCAUCCGUACUGA